UUGCGAGAUUUCUGUUGCGCAAACACACCGAAGAAGGCAUUUAGUCAGCAAAAGUGAGGGAAUCGUCCUCAUAAAUGUAUUAAUUGUGGCUCAGAGAUGGCGCUGUCCUCCUCGCAGCAGCUCGUCAUGGCGUUCACGGCGGUGCUGCUGGUGUUUGUGCUGUUCCCGCGGAUGUUCGGCGGCGGAGGAAGCAGAGACGGUCAGCCGUUCGAUCCGCGGAUCAACAGGAGAGGUCCUGGUCCCGGUCCCGAUCUCGGUCCUGGUAGUGUGAAAAGUCAGCAGCAGUUCCACAGGAACGCGGCGCCUCCGAUGUCUCAGAGCGUGGAGAACAUGCAGCAGAUGAAGAAACUCAUGGAGCAGGAGCUGAAGAGCGACAAAUACAAACCCAACAACAAUAAGGGCUACGUCUUCACCCUCAUGCCCAUCUACGCCAUCGGUGUCGGGCUCUUCGCCGCGUAUAAGUUUCUAAAGAUAAAGUCUGCAAGCGAUUCUGAAGCUCAAAAAGCCAAAACAGCUCGAGGAGUGAAGAAAUCAGAGGAGACAGAGAAUCAGCUGAAUGAGCUGGAGCAGAGACUGGCUCAGACCGAGAAGAUGCUCAACACCAUCCUGACACAGCUGGACCCGCUUACCAACUGUGUGAAGUCUGUUGCCAUGGAGCAGAAGAGCGAGAUCAUGUCGCAGCUGCAGUGCAUUCGGCAGCUAAUGAAGAAGAGGGGCAUGGAGUGUCCAAACAUCAGGAUAGAAGAGCCGACAUGUGAGCGCAACCUAGACAAACUCAUUGAGACUUUGGGCGCAGUCGAGACGCUUCCAGAAACUCAGAUGGAAUCACAAACACACACUGAAACGCAGCCACAUGAUCACCGAGAGCUCAGGCCUGAGUCUGAGGGAGAGGAGGAGGAGGAGAACAUACCCGCGGCGGGAGAGGAAGACGUGGGAAGCGAGAGUGACUCUAGUAUGCCGUCCCUCGAGGACUCGGCUGACAUCAGUGUAGAUGAUGUUACAGUCAAUCAUCCAGAAGAUCUGACAGCUGGAUUACGAAGACGCAACAGGCCAGAGUAACGGUGACGAGAAUCGGACACAAAUCUAUUUAUAUAUUUAUUUUAUUCCUUGUAAUGAAGCAGUCAACACUACUUACUGGUGUCAAUGUCUACGUCUACAUAUUUUACUGCAUUUGAAAUUAAUUGAUGCAAUU